AUGGUUCGCCCCACUGCAGCUGCAUUUGCACUCGUUACUGCUGCUGCCGGAUCCGUCUCGGCCAUUAGCAUGACUGGUACUCAUCUCCUCGCUGCUCGUGCUGUCCCUCAGGAUUAUCUUACCGCACACAACAACGAACGUGCCAAUCAUGGUGCCAAGGCGCUUGUUUGGGACAGUGGCCUCGCUUCGACUGCACAGGCCUGGGCCAACCAAUGCAAAUUUGAACACAACCAAGCAGGCCAGAACUUGUAUGCUGGUACUGGAAACCCGGGGGCCGCCGCUGCAGUUGGUGCCUGGAACGCCGAAUCUAAGGACUACAACCCCAGCAACCCACAGGCUUCACAUUGGACCCAGGUUGUUUGGAAGUCGACUACCAAGGUUGGAUGUGCUCUGGCCACAUGUGCACCGGGAACCAUCUUCCCUGCUAACUACAACGCCAACUACUACGUUUGCAACUACAGUCCUUACGGAAACGUCGCAGGCCAAUACGCGUCAGUAGUCUUCUUCCAGUAG